AUGACCAUGCUCACAAUGCUGCGCAUCCUGCGAAUUCUGCGCAUGACGCGUUUGAUGCGGGCAGUUCGCUUUAUGAACAUAUUCCGUGAGUUACGCGUCAUGGUUCAAUCUGUUCUUGGCUGCCUCAUUCCGCUCUUUUGGUGCAUUGUGCUUUUGUUCUUCAUCCAAUGGUGCUUCGCAAUAUACUUCAUCACCGUGACAGCUGACACUGUGCAGGCCAAGUUUGGAUUCGUCUCAACAAUUUUUGUCGUGUCAUGGCCAAGGCUCGAAAAUGAGAUUACGGACAAGUUUGGUUCCUUGUGGAAGACCUUGUACGUGUUAUUCCUCUCAAUCGCUGGUGGUUUGGACUGGGGAGCAGCGGCAGAUCUCUUCAUCAGGACUGAGAACUACAUAGCAGUACUUGCUUUCUUGUUCUACGUGGCAUUGGUGGCAAUGGCCGUGCUCAAUGUUGAUGCAGUGGCAGUGUUCCAGGAAGCAGAUGCUGAUGAUAGUGGCUCUAUCACUUUCGAGGAAUUCACAAACCACUUGGAAGACGUUCGUGUGCAAGCCUUCCUGCGCAGCAUGGGGCUUGAUGGCGUUGAAGCUGUUCGUUUAUUCAAGCUUUUGGAUGCAGACUGCAAUGGUGAGAUCGAGAUCAACGAGUUUGUAUCAGGCUGCAUGGUGUUGCGAGGGGGGGCCAAAACAUUGGACCUGGCGAUGCUGCUGAUGGAGCAGCAGAAGGCUAUGACGCGGUGGAUGAGCUUCAUGAGCUACGUGGAGUUGCGGCUGAACGAGAUAUCGAGAGUCCAGAAAUGGUUAUCCUUUGCAGGCUCCCACGCCAGCCUCACCCAGACGUGA